GAGUGCGCAGGUCUGACUGUGUGUGAGGAGACUGCACUGACACACACACAACAGAGGGGCUGGGGCGCACUCCGUGUAAUUACGGGAGGACACUCACUGAGCAAGGACUGGGCGCAUUCACUCCACUGUAAUUACGGCAAGUGACAAGAGAAGAGGCUGCGAGUAUAACACUGCGGGGCCGCUCACUGCGCAGUGAGACUCAGGCAGGACCCUGGAGCCUAGAGGUUGGCACUAAGAUGCCAGGGUUGGUGAGCAGAAAUAUGGAUCUGGAGUUUGACUCCCUGCAACCUUGCUUCUACCCAGACGAAGAUGAUUUUUACCUGUGUGGCCCAGACUCUGCACCCCCAGGGGAAGACAUCUGGAAGAAGUUUGAAUUGCUCCCCACACCCCCUCUUUCCCCUAGCCGUUCUGGGCUGCACGGUGAUCCUCUCUCUCCAGGGCUGCCUGGGGAUUAUGGGGAUUCAGUGGACUGGGCAUCUGAGCUGUUGCUGUUGCCUCCUGAAACUGAUCUGCUUGGAGGUUCUAGCUGGGGAGAACUUGGAUUGCCCCCCUGCAAUGUAAAAUCCUUCAUUAUCCAGGACUGUAUGUGGAGUGGCUUCUCUGCCCGAGAAAAGCUAGAGAGGGCCGUCAGUGAGAAGCUGGGCAAGGCAUCAUGCACCCCAGAGCCAACCGUUCCUCAUCCCCCUAGUUCAACAGUGGGCAGCUCUGUGUCAGGACGUGGGGUGGACAUGAAUAAUCCGACGGCACAUCAUUGUGUUGAUCCAGCCGUGGUGUUUCCAUUCCCAUUUAACAAGGGGGAGAGCUGCAGGACUGCCCCCAGCACUGCCAACCCUCCACCCUGUACAACCACAAAUGUGCCAACAACCAUAACAGCUAGGAAUUGCACUCAGCCUUGCACCACCGGCUCCAGCUCUGGAGAGGAGAGCCACAGCGAAUCCGAUGACGAUGAUGAUGACGAAGAAGAAGAAGAGGAGGAUGAAGAAGAGGAAGAAAUUGAUGUUGUCACAGUGGAGAAAAGGCGCAACUCAUCCAACAAAUCUGUAACGUCCCUUACAAUCACCGUACGACCUAAGAAUACCAUCUUGGUGUCAACGAAGGCUGCUCAGAAUGAGGUGAUCCUCAAGCGAAGCGCUCCAGUUCACCAGCAGCACAAUUACGCAGCUCCCUCGCCAUACGCGGAAACCGAAGAGGUGGCUCCACCUCAAAAGAAGCAGAAGAAUGAGUUGCCGCGCCUAGUCAAGAGCGUGGUGCCUGCCAAGCCAAAAAGCUCCAGUCCUCGCAAUUACGACUCGGAGGACAGCGAGAGACGGCGAAACCACAACAUACUGGAGCGACAACGGCGCAAUGACUUGAGGUCGAGUUUCCUGACGUUAAGGGACCAUGUACCAGAACUCAUUAAAAACGAGAAAGCCGCUAAAGUCGUCAUCCUGAAAAAAGCCACUGACUACGUUCAUUCCCUGCAUGAGGACGAGCGGAAACUCUUAUUGGAAAAAGAGAAACUGCAGCUCCGACAACAACAGUUGCUCAAGAAAAUCGAACGCUUGCGGACUUGCUAAACUUUUUCCUGUUUUUGUUCUUUGCCGUUUUUUUUUUUUGAUAUUGUUCAUUUGGUUUUCCUCUCCCGGAACUGUUGAUGCCACUUUGCACAUUUUUGGAUUCUUUAAAAAGAAGAGAAACAGUUUUGACGUUAAGAAUGUUGGUUUCAUUUCAUUCCAGUUAACUCCUCAGCUCUGGGGGGAUAAACAAUGGUGUUUUCUCUCCUUGAGUUUUUGAACAACUGGAUGAUGCUUAGAGGUUUUGAGUAGACUGCCAAAAUCAUUUACUGUACACUUUUAUAUGGUUUUUGUUUUUUAACGUAAACCUUUUUUGUUCUCCUAAACCCUUAGAAGAUAAGAGGAGGGUCGCAUUUUUUAUGCAUUAUUUCCGAGCUGCUGUUUUUUUAUUCCUCUACAUUUUCUUUAUGGUGCUCAUAUUUUUGGUAAUGUUACUCCAGAGGACUAGCACUUAUUACCUCUGGGUACAUUUUUGUAAAUACACACUGUUCAUGCCAUUUGCCUUUUUUUGUACUUAUUCUCGGGCUAGCCAGGUAGCCCUCCCCCCACACUUACCAAUAAUUAGACUGGAAGCUCAGACCUAAGUACUUUAAUUACCUCAAUGUUUGAGGCGCAUGUUUUGUAUACAAAUAUAUUGUUAAUCUCUCGUUAUGUACUGUACUAAUUCUUACACUGCCUGUAUACUUUAGUAUGAUCCUGAUACAUAACUAAAUUUGAUACUUAUAUUUUCGUAUGAAAAUGAGUUGUGAAAGUUUUGAGUAGAUAUUACUUCAUCACUUUUUGAGCUAUACACUUUUUUGUAAAGAAAAUUAUUAUGUCUAUUCCUUCUUGGUUUUUCUUAGCCUGUUCCUUUCUCGUUUUUUAUGUCUUUUUUUUUGUUCAUGUUUCGGGCAUAGAACUGGAUCAUUUCAGAGUUUGUGUGUUUCUGUUUUUUUUCUUUCCUUUUUCUCCUUUCCAAACAAUGUACAUUUUUAGUGCUUUAUCUAUUAGCACUUUGAAAUACCUCAUGUUUAUGAAAAUAAAUAGUGAAAUAAAAA